GGGGUCCGGAAGCUCCAGCGACUCGGCGGCACCCGCCGCUUUGAGGUAGCGGGUCCCGACAGGCGAUGGACCCCUCGGGCUCCCGGGGGCGCCCCACGUGGGUGCUGGCCGGGGGCCUCCUGGCAGUGGCCCUGGCGCUGGGGGGCCGAGGCUGUCUCGGCGCCAGCUCACGUCCCCGCUGGCGCCCCCUCGGCGCGCAGCCACCCCGGGAUCCCCAGGUGGCUCCUAGGUCUGGGCCCGGCCUGAGGACCCCUCCGGGGCGGAGCGGGGCGGGGCCCGAGAGCAGCACGCAGGUGUAUCCCGCUCAUGGCCAGAAAGCUUCGAGGGAAACUGGAGACCUUCCUCGGGGUGUGGCAGCUGCCGGCUUGGACUUCACCAGCGACCCGGGUUCGAAUCCUGCUCUCCAUUUUACGAGCUUCGACCUAGGGCAGGUCACUCCUGUGCCCCAGUUUCCUGAUCGUUGAAACGGGGCCGUCCCGGCGUCCACCCCAGAGGGUGGAAGUGGAUUAGAUGAGCUCACAUAAGCAGAGCCCCUUGCAGAGGCCAGCACUGGGAAAUUGCAGCGGUUUUUAAAAGUGGGGACUCUUGGCUGGACUCUUAGGUGACUGAACUCUCCUGGCUGAUGGAUUUAGCCACUUCCUACUUCACCCUGGCCCUCCCUCUGUGGUCCUAAACUCGAAAGGCAUGGAUCCCUGGCUGUAGCCCUAGACUUGACCUCCCCCGACAAAGCUGGUCACCAGUCCUAGUGCCUUUUCCUCCAAAUCAGCUCGGAUGUCUGCCCCUCCUCCCUCCCCACUGCCACUCCCUGGCUUCAGGUCCCACCACUUCACUUCCAGCUCUUGGUGAUGGUUUCCCCACGUCUCCCAUCCAUUUUCCCCCAGACCUCUGGGGUGGUCUGUCCUGGUAGACAUCCUGCCACUCCUGUCCCAUGCUGGCACUCUUCUCUCCACCUUAUUGCCCCUGACAGCACACCCAGGCUCCUAUUCCCAGGAAUGCCCUGGUCAAUGGUCUGGCCCAUUGAUGCUUCCCUGAGGUCCUCCCACCUCUCUCCUAGGGUGGUGGGUCGUGUCCUGCUGUGUUCUCUACCCCAGGACACUUGCGACACUGGCAGAGGUUUAGUCUCUUAAAAGAGACCCUGCUCCCUUUCUGUCUUUAGGUUUUCACUGGAAAAACGCCAUGUCAGUGUCCUGAGCUUUCAAAAGCCCAAUGACAGAACAUGUUCCCUGGGUCCUUUCACUUGCAUGUGCCCUGUGAGAUGGGAGUAUCUGGCCCGUUUUGCAGGUGACAAAACCAAGGCUCAGGGAGCCGCGUCCCCAGGCCUGUCCUGUGCUCUCUCCCUGGCCCCCAAGUUCAGAGCCUGCGUGCCUGGCCUCACCUGCUUUGCACAAGCUCUUCCUUCUGGGAAGCCAGUGUCAGAAGAUCCUGGUGCACGUUGGGCUCUGUCAGCCACAGUGGUGUUGAGGGUGGUCCCUGCCAGAAGGGAGGGACAGUGCCUACUGGGAAGGGCCUGAAGCCAUCUAGGACCGUGGUGGGUCUAGAGUACCUCACCCUCAAGGGCCGCCCCUGCCUUUGCAGGAAUCUGGGAAUGAGCACCUGUGUUCAGGUGCCCUUCGCAUCUUGAGCACGUCCCCUGGGCCCUGGCCCUGCCCACGCCCAUCCCAGCUGUCGAUGGUACCAGCCUUCUUCCGUCUCUCUGGGCCUGUCUUGGAUAGCCCUUCUGCACACUGUACAGGAAAGAGCUCUGGCCAUGUGUGUCCCUGACUUGGCCACUGCCUCUUGUGGGGCCUGGGGCAAGUCACAGCCCUCAGGGUCUCUGCUUCCUCUUCUGAGCAAUGGUGUAAGGGCUGUUCCCAGAGCACAGUUCCCGAAGGCACAGGACUUGCCCUGUAUGAUUUGGCCCAAAGUGGAAUGCUGUCACUUUAAGACUGCAGUGGAAGCACCACUUGGAAUGAAAUUGGACAAGAAAAUGGAAGUCUUUAUCCCACUCUCAACUUCUGCAGCCUCUAGUGGGCCAUGGGCUCAUUCCUUAUUUGCUUUUAUACCCUCCUGGCCUAAGAAGAACUUAUUUAAAAGAGAGUCUCCUAUAACAUACCGCCUGUAUGGGGACAUUUCAAGAGAAGUUCAAGGGACUUCUGAAAAUGGAGUAAUUUUUCAGAAAUGUGCACUGGUGUCCGAGUCGAGCGAAGCACAGACAGCCCGCAUAUGGCUGCUUGUUAACAACACCAAGACAACCUCGUCAGCCAACCUCUCGGAGCUGCUCUUGCUGGACAGCAUUGCUGGUCUCACCAUUUGGGACUCCAUCGGAAACAGGACCUCAGAAGGAUUCCAGGCUUUUAGCAAGAAGUUUCUGCAAGUGGGAGAUGCCUUUGCUGUCAGCUACGCAGCCACGCUCCAGGCUGGAGACCUCGGGAACGGGGAGAGCCUCAAGCUUCCUGCCCAACUCACCUUUCAGAGCUCGUCACGGAACAGAACACAGCUGAAAGCGCUUUUUUCCAUAACAGCAGAAGAAAACAUAACGGUUCUGCCACACCAUGGCCUCCACGCAGCAGGGUUCUUCAUUGCCUUCCUCCUCUCCCUUGUGCUGACCUGGGCUGCCCUCUUCCUCAUGGUUCGCUAUCAGUGUCUGAAGGGAAACAUGCUCACCAGACAUCGGGUUUGGCAGUAUGAGAGCAAGCUGGAACCCUUGCCGUUCACCUCAGCUGAUGGCGUGAAUGAGGACCUUUCCCUUAAUGACCAAAUGAUAGACAUUCUGUCUUCCGAGGACCCUGGGAGCAUGCUUCAAGCCUUAGAAGAGUUGGAGAUUGCAACCCUGAAUCGGGCAGAUGCAGAUCUGGAGGCUUGUCGAACACAAAUCAGCAAGGAUAUCAUUGCCCUUCUGCUGAAAAGUCUCACCAGCAGUGGCCACCUCUCACCCCAAGUAGAGAGAAAAAUGAGUGCUGUUUUCAAAAAGCAGUUUCUGUUGCUGGAAAGUGAAAUACAAGAGGAGUAUGAUCGGAAGAUGGUGGCACUGACAGCUGAAUGUGACCUGGAAACAAGAAAGAAGAUGGAAAACCAGUACCAGAGAGAGAUGAUGGCAAUGGAGGAAGCAGAAGAGUUGCUGAAACGUGCUAGUGAGAGGUCUGCUGUAGAGUGCAGCAACCUUCUGCGGACCCUCCAUGGCCUGGAACAGGAGCACUUGAGGAAGUCUCUUGCUUUGCAACAAGAAGAAGACUUUGCCAAAGCUCACAGACAGCUGGCUGUUUUCCAGAGAAAUGAACUGCACAGUAUCUUUUUUACCCAGAUAAAAAGUGCUAUUUUCAAAGGGGAAUUGAAACCAGAGGCAGCUAAAACGCUGCUGCAAAAUUAUUCUAAAAUACAGGAGAAUGUAGAAGAGUUAAUGGACUUUUUCCAGGCUAGUAAGAGGUAUCAUCUAAGUAAAAGAUUUGGCCACAGGGAAUAUCUGGUCCAGAACCUCCAGUCAUCAGAGACCCGUGUGCAGGGCCUUCUGAGCACCGCUGCAGCCCAGCUGACUCACCUCAUUCAGAAGCACGAGAGAGCAGGGUACCUGGAUGAAGACCAAAUGGAAGUGCUAUUGGAGCGGGCUCAGACAGAAGUCUUUUCAAUCAAGCAGAAGUUGGACAAUGACUUAAAGCAGGAAAAGAAAAAGCUCCACCAAAAAUUAAUAACUAAGAGAAGACGAGAGUUGCUACAAAAGCACAGGGAGCAGCGCAGGGAGCAGGUGUCCGUCAGCGAGGCCUUCCGAGCGGUUGAGGAUGCCGGCCAGUACCUGCACCAGAGGAGGAGCCUGAUGGAGGAGCACGGCGCCGCCCUGGAGGAGCUGCAGGAGCGUCUGGACCAGGCCGCCCUGGACGAUCUCAGGACCCUGACCCUUUCGCUGUUUGAGAAGGCCACCGACGAGCUGCGGCGCCUGCAGAACUCAGCCAUGACCCAGGAGCUGCUCAAGCGCGGGGUGCCCUGGCUCUUCCUGCAGCAGAUCCUGGAGGAGCACGGCAAGGAGAUGGCUGCACGGGCCGAGCAGCUGGAGGGGGAGGAGAGGGACAGGGACCAGGAGGGUGUCCAGAGCGUGAGGCAGAGACUGAAGGAUGAUGCUCCUGAGGCCGUGACAGAGGAGCAGGCAGAGCUGAGACACUGGGAGCACCUGAUCUUCAUGAAGCUCAGCUCCUCAGUCUUCUCCCUGUCUGAAGAGGAGCUGCUCAGGAUGAGGCAGGAGGUCCAUGGCUGCUUUGCUCAGAUGGACAGGAGCUUGGCCCUCCCCAAGAUCCGGUCCCGAGUUCUGCUGCAGCAAUUUCAGACUGCGUGGCGAGAAGCAGAGUUCGUGAAGCUGGACCAGGCCAUGGCUGCCCCUGAGCUGCAGCAACAGUCCAAGGUGAGAAAGUCACGGUCCAAGAGUAAAAGCAAGGGAGAGCUUCUGAAGAAGUGCAUCGAAGACAAAAUUCACCUCUGUGAGGAACAGGCCUCUGAAGACCUGGUGGAAAAGGUUCGAGGUGAAUUGCUGCGGGAGAGAGUGCAGCGGAUGGAGGCACAGGAGGGAGGCUUUGCACAGUCACUUGUUGCUCUGCAGUUCCAGAAGGCAUCCCGGGUGACCGAGACUCUGUCGGCCUACACCGCCCUCCUCAGCAUCCAGGACUUGCUCCUGGAAGAGCUGAGUGCAUCUGAGAUGCUGACGAAGUCGGCCUGCACACAGAUCCUGGAGUCGCACAGCCGGGAGCUCCAGGAGUUGGAGAGGAAGCUGGAGGACCAGCUGGUGCAGCAGGAGGCGGCCCAGCAGCAGCAAGCCCUGGCGAGCUGGCAGCAGUGGGUGGCCGAUGGGCCCGGGAUUCUGAACGAACCUGGGGAGGUGGAUUCUGAAAGGCAGGUCUCUACUGUCCUGCAGCAAGCCCUGAGCAAGAGCCAGACAUUACUGGAGCAACAUCAGCAGUGUUUGAGAGAGGAACAACAGAACAGUGUCGUGCUAGAAGACUUGUUGGAAAACAUGGAGGCAGACACCUUUGCAACCCUGUGCAGCCAGGAGCUGAGACUGGCAUCGUACCUGGCGAGGAUGGCCAUGGUGCCCGGGGCCACGCUUCGCCGGCUCCUGAGUGUGGUACUGCCCACAGCCUCACAGCCUCAGCUGCUGGCCCUGCUGGAUUCGGCCACCGAGAGACAUGCGGACCACGCAGCUGAGAGCGAUGGCGGAGCGGAGCAGGCCGACGUGGGCAGGCGGAGCAUAUUAAAGAAGACAUGUCUCCCUCUCAGAGAGAGGAUGAUAUUCUCUGGAAAAGGAAGUUGGCCACACCUGUCACUGGAGCCCAUUGGCGAACUGGCCCCUGUACCCAUUGUAGGGGCAGAAACCAUUGAUCUAUUAAACACAGGAGAGAAGCUCUUUAUAUUCAGAAAUCCAAAGGAGCCAGAGAUCUCACUGCACGUUCCUCCCAGGAAAAAGAAGAACUUUUUGAAUGCCAAAAAGGCCAUGAGGGCCUUGGGCAUGGACUAGCCCAAGGGAAAGACCUGCAGGAGCAUCUGAAGAGAGAAGGGAUGAUUUUCUCCUGCCCGCCGGUGUUUGUGUGUUUAUAAUGCACAACUCGCAAAUAUAAAUUGCACAUGCAGAAGGCACAGACCCCCUAGCGCAUGCCAACUUGCAGGGACUCGGUUUAAUCUUGUCUCAUGAAUUUCCAGAUGGCCCACUCUCUUCCAUAUCACAAGGACAUAAACACUCCUUCUUUCAGCCCCACCUCCCCAGGGCCCUGGAGGAGACCCCCACCCUGCAAUCCACACCCCAUCCUCUGCUGCAUAAGCUAUGGGCUGUCUGGUGACAGCCAGAUUCUCUACUCUUAUGUUUUGUAUUUGUUACAUAUUCUAUUUUUAUAAAGGGAAUUUAAAAAAAUAAAUGUGUUUUGCACAAA